CAGUUUCAACUUUCUCCGUCUUCAGAUAUACUUUUUCUCCAUUAUCAGUUUCUAACUCUCUCCAUUUUCAGAAAUCUUGAUCUUGAUAUAUAAUGGCUUAGAGUCCCAUUUCUCAAAAGCAACCCAACCCCCUUUUCAGAUCUACUUUUGUUCUUCAAAUCGAUGCCUUCGAUAGGACACCGUGACAUCACGCCGUCACAGACUCGCAGGGACGACUUAUUUGCUCGUGUUGCUCCUUCGUCGCAGGUCGACGCCCACCUCCACAGUCCAUUGUCUUAGUUAUCUUGAUGAUGUUGUUUAGAUUUUCUAUAAUGGGCAAAAUCUGAAAAUCGGCCGGUAUUGAUCGAAAUGACCAAUAUUUGACUCGGUACGAAAUACCCACCUCCACCGUGUUGGAUAUUGUUCCAGUAUAGUAAAUUUCGACUGUACCGAUCAGGAAGAAACGAUGUUUAAAACUUUGGGAGAAAUAGCCUCAAUCUCUUUAAAGGCCAUUGUGGCGGUUCCAAGCCCGAAGACAAUGAGAGUUGUUGGUCAACUAAGGAAAAGAAGAGAGACUCUGCAACAACAUCAGUUGUAUGCUAAGCAAUCCAAGUGCAAGCUUGCAUGUGGUGAGAUCGAAUAUUUGGGCCAUUUGAUUUCUAAAGACAGGGUCAGGGUAGAUCCUAAGAAGUUGGAAUCCAUGAUUAGAUGGCUAAUACUAAAAGAAACUGAAGUCAUUAAGGGUUUUUUGGGAUUGAUAGGUUACUAUAGGAAGUUUAUCAAGGGGUAUGGACAGGUAGCUGCUCAUUUGACAACUUUGCUAAAGAAAGAUGCAUUUCUUUGGAAUGAGGGAGCGACACAGUCAUUCAACCAACUCAAGGCAAUAGUUACAAAUCCUCUUGUACUCUCCUUACCAGAUUUUUCUAAAGUUUUUGUAAUAGAAUGUGAUGUUUGUGGAACUGGUAUUAGUGUUGUGUUGAUGCAAGAGUAGAGGCCAUUGGCCUUCCUCAGUCAGGCUCUUAAGGGUAAGGAUUUGCAACUCUCUACUUAUGAGAAAGAACUACUGGCCUUGAUUUUAUCAAUCAAGAAGUGAAGACCCUGUCUUCUUGGAGGCUCGUUUAUAGUUAGGACUGAUCACCACAACCUGAAAUAUUUGUUAGAGAAGAACGUUAGCACAACUUCACAACAGAAAUAGCUCUCUAAGUUGCUUGGAUAUGAAUUUUACGUAGAAUACAAAAGGAGGGGGGGGGGUAGAGAACAGGGUAGCUGAUGACUUGUCUAGAAGAUAUUAGGAUGAAAAAUCAAUAUUGUUGGUUGUUAUAUCUUUCCCAACUCCAACCUGGUUAGUAGAAUUGAAGACUGCUUAUGUAGAAGAUUAGACAGUGGAGCAGUUCAUCACCUCAUUGCAACUAGAUCCUUCUUUUCAUCCUUCCUUUGUUUUAAACAUGGUCUUUUGUUUUAAAAAAGAAAGACUUUAUGUUCCUAACUGUUCUAAGCUGAAGUUGAAGAUUAUACACUUUAUUCAUGCUAGUCCAUCUGCAGGUCAUUCUGGUCUUCACAAGUCUUUGAAGUGUGCUAGAACUAACUUUUCUUGGUUUAGUUUGAAGUCUAAAGUUAAGCAAUUCAUUCGUGAAUGUGAGGUGUGUCAAAGGUACAAGGUGGAGACUAUGCAUCCUGUUGAGUUGCUACAACCCUUGCGUAUACCACAAUAAGUAUGGACUGAUGUUUCUAUGGAUUUUGUAGAGGGUCUACCCAUUUCUAAGGGGUAACUUGUUCUUUGUAGCUCUACGGCUUCAUAUUGUAACUGGUUCUUUGUAACUUUGUGGCUUCAUAUUGUAACUUUUUUUUUGUAGCUCUGCGGCUUCAUGUUGUAACUUGUGAUGAUUAAUGAUAUUACCUUAUAUUUUGUUG